AUCUUCUUCCUUUCUUUUUUCUUUUUCUUCCUUCCUUUUCUUUCUUCCUCUUCUUCCUCUGUGUUGUUGGGUUCCCUCAAACCCAGCUGAUCUGGGUUCAAGGGAACCUAGCUUAGAAGAAUUGGUAUACUAUUCUUUUGUCUAUCUUGAUUUACUCUUUAGAAGAUUUAUGAAGAGCUGAAACCAUAAGUACAUUCCUCUAAAAUGGCUAGUUUCUCAUGUGACUGUGAUUGUUGGGGAGAUUGCUAAUUUUGCAGCUUAUGCUUUUGUACCAGCUAUUCUUGUCACUCCUCUGGGGGCACUUAGUAUCAUUAUCAGGCAAGCAAUUGGAACUAAUGACCAUUGUAUCUUGAUUUUUUUUUCAUUCAUAUUUGAAUACUAAUUUCUUAAUUUUCUUGCAGUGCUGCUCUAGCACAUAUUAUACUGUGUGAGAAAUUAAAUAUUUUUGGGAUUCUUGGUUGUGUGCUAUGUGUUGUGGGUUCAACGAUCAUUUUUCUGCAUGCUUCUCAGGAAUGUGAAAUCAACUCUGUCAAAGAAGUAUGGGAUCUUGCCACAGAGCUGGGCAUACUUUCCAUGAGAAAUAGCUUAUAGCAAUAGCAUAUAGUUGAUGCUGAAGAGGAAGUUCUCCCCCCCCCCCACAUUCCUCCUCUUUGAUUUCUUCUUUUUUCACUUAAUCGUUAUAGUUGAUGUUGAAGAGAAGUUUUUGUCAAUUGCAGCUUUUCUUUUGUAUGCAGCUAUUGUAAUGGUGGCAGUGCUUAUACUUAUAUUCCAAUUUGUACCUAAAUAUGGUCAGACAAAUGUGAUGGUCUAUACUGGCAUUUGCUCACUCAUGGGUUUACGAUCAGUCAUGAGAGUUAAAGCACUUGGAAUUGUUUUGAAGUUAACAUUUUUGGAAAUGAAUCAGUUUAGCAUAUCCUCAAACUUGGGUUUUUAUCUUGGUGGUUCUUACCUGUGUGCUUACUCAGAUGAACUAUUUAAAUAAGGCUUUUGAUACCUUCAACACAGCUGUUGUAUCUCCCAUAUACCAUGCAAUCUUUACGACAUUAACAAUUUU